AUGACUAAUGUGUCUGCCAAAGAAAAUGUGGCUUUUGGUGAAAAUAUGAGGGAAUAUGAUCCACACAUGGGGCAGGUUGCGCCAUUGGAAGUUUUAGGAGGAAUGGGCACAUAUGACACGAGUCAGAAUGAAUUUGGCGCUACAGGGACAGGGAACGUACCCGGAAAAAACACCCAAGGCGAUGGAGAGAAUCGAACCCGCCACGUUUCUUACUGUACUCAAGCAGCUACAGGAGCAGGUGCUUCUGACCUCUUGGUCACGGAGACCUCUUUAGACAUCAAAAACUCAACUACUUCGAUAGCGACGUCAUGCAGCUCGAACCAGUUUCCUUGCGAUGAUGGAAAAUGCAUAGACAAGUUCCGGUGGUGCGAUGCCGUGACCGAUUGUGACGACGAUUCGGAUGAGACUUACUGUCGAAAAAGUUGGUGGCCUGUUUCGAAUCCAAACAAAUGCAAACGCCAUCACUUCAAGUGUGACAACGGGGUUUGCAUUCCUCGAGUCGGUCUUUGUGAUGGUAUCCCUUCUUGUUUGGACGGCUCCGACGAAGAAAAUUGUAAUGUAUCUUCGACUGUCAAGACACCGGUAACCAGCACAGCAAGUAUUGAGACCACUCAUUUGGGAACUGAACCAGAUGUCGACAAUGCUACACUUCCCAUUCUCAACUCCACUGUUAAACUGUUAACACACACCACCGUUACAUCGCUCACACCAGUGCCUCCAGCUCCUCAUGUUCUGGAGAUGAAAGAUGACGAAAACAUUCUGCAGACGACUUCUACUACCCAAGCUGCAAUCCAGUCCACGCAGAAAAUGCCCCAGAUCAGUGCUCCAACGGAAGCCAGCCGCAGUUUCAAACAUUUGGAUGUGAGAAGCCUUCAGCCACAAAAGGACAAAGCUUUGAAUUGGCUUUUAGCUCAGCGAGAUGAAAGCUCUGGAUGGGGUAAAGAUACUCCACGUUCUUUGGUAGCUAUAUACCUCUCGAAAUCAGUUUCACAAGUGAAAAAAGUGGAAGAGUUGAUAAUGUCUAAGCAGUUACAUCUUCAGUUGUCUGUUGCACUAAUGAACAAUGCUACAUCGCCAUUGCCAAUAUGCGAAUUGGCUCUUUUUGUUAAUGCCCUCCUUGCAACUUGCAGCAAUCCUCGAAAUUUCCAUGGACUCGAUUUAAUAUCCACUUUACGCCAAAGAGUUACUGCGGCGCAACAAAAGGGACAGUACAUCAGUCCUUUAGUGUACCUUUCGCUGUGCCUUAGCAACGAAACCACUUUCGACGACCUCAAGAAGAUGAAAGACAUAAUUUCAAGUCAAGUUCAUUUGAUGGACAGAAUAGAUAUUCAAGCCUUAACCACUUUGGCUGCAUCAUGCAUUGCGAAAAUUCCGAAAUAUUCAAGCAGCUACUUGCGAUACGAAGCUUCGAGGAAAUUGUUGCAGAAACUAGCGAAAAGCGGCUUACCUGAUAAUAUUUACGAAACUGCUCUCCUUACUCAGGCUUUGAAUGAAGUCCAGAUCAACGAAAUGCUCUGGAAUAGACAACGAGCCAUGAAGACAAUCCUUCAAAGUCAGAAGGAAGACGGAUCGUUUGGCGACAUUCUGGCAACUUACUUCGUUCUGCCGAUCCUUUCUGGAAAAUCUUUAGUGUCUCUGAACUCUCACUGCCAGACACACGAAGAUUUGAAGGAAAUGGACGUAUUGAAGAACCCAAUUGGUGAGAAACAUUAUGUCCAGUAUUCGUUGUAUUUUGGUUCUCCAGUUGAAAUGUCUCAGACGAUAAUGCUGAAGGUUGCAAAAGGGACCAACUUCCUGGAGGUUAUGAGACUGGCUGAGAAAGCGAAUCCUUUGUACAAGUUUGAAAUCGACUACUCUCAAAUUGUUCCUGCAGUAUAUACUCUUGGUGGAGUAACAAACGAUGUUGAGCGUGGAUUGUUCUGGAGUCUGUACAUUUCUAAAAAGGAUAUCAGAACCAACGCAACUAAACCUAUGAUUUUCACUGGAGACAUUCGCAAGUUGAUUCCUGAAACUGGGGAAGAAAACAUCUUUUGGUUCAAAUCUCUUGAAUAA